UUUAUUUUUAUUUUUCAGUAUUUGUCUUUUAAAACACGAUAUUCGAACUGAUAUCAGUGAUACCACAUAAACAAUAUAUCAGUGGUCCAAUUCAUAGGGUUGCACUAAUGACUGGACCGAUUGACAGGACAAUGACAGGACCAAAGUAGAGAUAGAGUCAAGGCCAGCUAUGAUGUUAAGUAAUAGUUGACAUAGAUUUAACAGACAGCUGACUGCCUUCAUUACAUUAAACAUAAUGGGGAAUGGUAUGAACAAGGUGUUACCUGGCCUGUUUGUUGGAAACUUCAGAGAUGCCAAAGAUAGACAGCAGCUCGCUGACAAUAAUAUUACUCAUAUCCUAGCCAUACAUGACCAAGCUAAAAAAUUACAUGAGGAUAAAGAAUACCUUUGUAUUGUGGCCAGUGAUAAUUCACAGCAAGAACUUAUACAGUUUUUCCCAGAAUGCAUUGAAUUUAUCCACAAUGCUCGCCUCAACAAUGGUGGUGUUUUAGUUCAUUGCCUUGCUGGCGUAUCUAGAAGUGUGACAAUUACUGCUGCAUACAUUAUGACUGUAACACCACUUGGAUGGAGAGAAGCUGUAAAUAGUAUACGAGGUGUGCGUGAUCUUGCCAAUCCUAACUUUGGUUUUCAAAAACAACUGAUGAAAUAUCAGAAUGAAAACUUACAAGAGGCAAAAGAAAAGUUAAAACACAAAUUUCCAGAGACGGAUCAAGAUACUGACUACAAAGAGUGCCAACUUAAUUUAAAUGCAUUUCAGAAAUUUGUUUUAGAUGGAAGUCCUAAUAAAGACGAUGGAUUAUACCCUCUACCCUUUAAUGCAUACAAGACAAAUAACUCAGACAAGGACAAAAACACAGGGUCAAUAACUAAGACAGGCCAAAGUAAACAGGAAGCUAAAAUGGAAACAAAGGGAGACAAUUCAGGAAUAAAUAUGACUCCUAAUAUCUCAGACACCACAAGUGCUUUAUCUCUCAACAACGAUCUCCAAAAUAACGGGACCAAUAGAAAUAAAACUGUAGAUUUUGAUAGUCUGACAGAUGACAUUGAUGAGGCCUAUGCUUGUUUACAUGCUAAGAAAACACUAUAGGAUAAAUCAGGAUUUUUGUAGGUUUUGGAUUUUUUUUAAGGGAAUUGGUAUUUAUAUUUUCUAAUGUGUAUUUAAGUCUGUUUAGUUAUAGGGAACACAUUUAUAACUUAUAGUCUCAGAAUAUUUUUUUAAACCUGUCAUCCAUCAUUUAUAAAACAUUUUGUAAUAUCAUGAGAUUGCUUUAUACAGUUUACAUACAAAUACAAUACAAAUACAAAGUUUUUUAUUGUCAAUUAUGACGCCCAAUAAUUUGAGCAGUACAAUUAAGUUCAAUUUCAUACAAGUGAUUACAUAUUGAUUACAUUGAUUAUUUAACAAUUAAACAAAGUCAAGUUUUUUUCACCCAAAUAAUAUCUGCAAAAUAGAUGAAUAUAUAUAUAUAUAUAUAUAUAGUUUUACAAUAUAAUAUAGAUGGACAAACUACCGGUGACUAAACUGUAUCUAGAAUUGAUUUUCUCUCUUUGAGUAAAGUACACAAUAAUAAACUUACUUUUUUAAUUAUAACAUUAUCCUCAGAUGACAUUAACCAUAUUAAUUUUGAUUUUGAUUUUGUUUACACAACAUUUUGUAUGAUGUUUUGUUCAGGUUCCUAGAUGAACAGAUAAUCUUCAAAAUAUACAUGUCUUUUGAUAAUUCAGGUUUGUUUCAGAUGAUCUUUCAGAAAUUUUUAUGCAAUGUUUUGUAAUAUGAAGACAAGUUUUUAUUUUUAUUUUUGAAGAUUUCAAGAUCAGUUGUGUAAUAGAUAUCAAUUUGAUAUUUUGUAGCACAAAUCGGUUUAAUGUAUUAAAUCUGCCUACCCUUCCAGAAAACCUGAGAUCACCUCAAGUUAAGUUUUUAGGUGGGGUUUAGUGUUGGGGAAAGAAAUACAAGUGUGUAACAUUCACUGUCUUGUUUAAUCUGAAUUGUAAAAAUUAAAGUUUUAUAUCAACAAAUAUUUGAAAAUAUGUCUUAAUCGAAGUCUCUAUGAUUCCUCAAUAGCCCAGGUAAUUAGAUAAAGUUCUGAUAUAAUCAAUCCGUCCAACAUAUUUAGUGCAAUAUUACCAGUUUGUUUGAUGCAGGACAUUUGUCACUUGUCUAAUAUGUUAAAAACUAUGUGACUUCCACAUGUCCUUUUUAAUAUGCUUGGUAGGCAGGGUUUACUGUUAUAUUGUGCAUUAUCACAGCUCCUGUUCAUAUGACAUAAUUAAUCAUUAAAAAAGUAUAUAUCUCAUUGACAUAUACUCAAAAUCUCCAUUUAUUGUUAUUAUAAUUAAAUUACCUUUGUUAGAAAAAAAUGGCAGUAUUCAAUUUUGUAAAAAAAGAAGAAAAAAAAGUAUUCAAUGUUGUGUAAUGGUGUAUACCACUAUUUCACGGAUAUAUUUUAUACAUUGAUCAUUUAUACUGUCAUGUACAGUUGUCUUGCAUUUUCACAUGCAUGUAUAUGUCUGUAUAUUAAUUUAAAACCAAGAUUUAGUGGUUUAAUUUUUAUGACUUUUGUGCUGCAAGUAAUGAAAUUGCCACAGGCAAGACUUAGAGAUCCCACCCUUUUCAAACAAGCAUUGAUUAUCAGGAAACUUUUACAGAAAUUUCUUCCUAAUCAAGACAUACUAUCAAGAGUUAAAUUUAGAUUCCCUUCUCCACCCAUUAAUAAAUGGACUUUUUUUUAGCAGUUUACCUUGAAAUGAGUUACAGUUUGUGGUUAAAAAGAUAUAAAAAGAUGAGGUAUGAGUGGCAAUGAGACAACUCAACAUCCAAGUUAUAAUUUAUCAAAGUCAACCGAUAUAGGUCAAAGUACAGUCUUCAACAUGGAGCCUUGGCUCAUACCAAACAGUAACUAAGCUAUAAAGGGCCCAAAAAAAACUUGAAUCACUUUGUUAAACUUAAAUGUAAUUUUACCAAUGAUAUUUUUUUAUUUAAGAAAUGACUGUAAUAUUUUUUCUGUCUAUGAAGAAAUAACAUAAAAAAUUUGGUGCAAACUGAAUGAUGUGCAUAGCGGGUUAUUUAACAGUGUGCAACACAAUUUUUAUGUUAUUUCGAAUAGACAGAAAAAAUAUUAGUCAUUUCUUAUAAUUUAAUUCUAAAUUCCAUUUUAAACCGUAGAAAACCAUGAAAAAACGUUGAUGACUCCACGGUCACAUGACUAAAUUAUGUCUAUGGGCUCAUAACAAAAUAACGUCAGCCAAUCAGAAAAGGUUACAUCCAAAAUUAAAUUAUUAAGAUGUAUCAUCCAAAGCAAAAUUUAGAUUUUUUGAUAAAUUUCCUGUAUUUGACUGAUAACAUGGAUUUUUUCUAAAUCAACAUUUUUACACUCAGACACCCAUAUGACCCAGAACCUACACAAUGUAUAAGAAAUUAUUUAUUCUUUGUUUAAUAUAUUUUUAGGUAGAUACAAAACAGUUUAAGUGUUAUUUAUAUGUGAUAUAUUUUAAUUUAUAUGUAAAAGAACGGGUUAUGUUUAUAGAGCCAGAGCUUCAAGCAAUCAUGUUUUAGACUGUUUAUUUUACUAGAUAUCUAUGCAAAAUCUUAAAUGAGGUAUGUUAUAAUAUUAUGCAUUUUUAUAAAUGUAAAAUGACCUCGGGUAUAGACACAUGUGUAUAGAAUUCAAUGUGAUAAGUUUAAGAGUCUAAAUUGGCUUGGGUUAUUAUUAUAAGGCAAAAACUAAAAGAAAACCAAUUUAUUAAUGAGGAUUAGUCAGAGUCAAAGAUAUUUUAGUUUUACACAACAAUAUCUGAAAUAAACAUGGUAGUUAAAUUAAUAUGAAUUAUAUAUAAAACAGUAACUGGUAUUCAUGAAAACAAUAAAUACUUCAACAAUUG